AUGGAAAGAUACAACGAUAACGAUGAAAGCUUAGGAGAGUCUAAGGCUCAUGCGGAGCCCAGUGUCCUUGAUCGGAAGCGCCCUGUUGCCCGCUUCCCCGACAGCUUUUCUGCCAACCUUGGCCGAAAAGCAUCGCACUUCUUCCAUCAAGAAAAUUCCACUUCUGAAUCUGAAGCCACCUCUUUUCCUCCUAUUCCAGAGAGUCAAGGUAUCAUCAAUCGAAAACGAGACAUCAUCCCAGGCACGUUGCCUCCUCUCUUGAUACCUCGAGAUCGUCAAACAUCCGCGGCUUCCUCAGUCAAAGCUAUGGUCGCGCAUUUUGAGAGCAAUUGCAAUAUUCUCGAGAAGCCAGAAAACAUGGCGGAUUCUACGGAUCAAACUGCCUCCUCAUCCUCUAUUGAAAAAGGCAAAGGCAAGGCGUCCAUCGACGCGCCUACCUAUUCUUCAUCUCCCUUCCUACCCAUGGGGCCAGCUUCCCAGGCCAUGCAGCCAUUAAACGAUACUACGGAGGAGAGCGAGCUUGAGCUCCUUAAAAUGCAAGAAUUCUUCAAAACCAACCCACUCACCCGUUGCUUGGACGACUACGUCCCUCCCAAGAGUAAGGAUGAGAAGAUCAACAUUCUCCCUACUGAGCAAGACGAGGGCGAGUCUAUGCUUAAGGCAGCUAAACUGGAGCUUCACAACAGGCUCGCUAGCUCUUACGAGGCGUAUGAGAAACGUCAUCCUUCCGCCAAGCUGGAGCGUCUGGAAAAUGAGGCUUCUGAAGCGCUCAGAGCCGGACAACCAUACAAAAAAGGGGUUUCCAGCGGUAUUUCUGAGAUUAGCACCAAAGCUUCGCGUCGGGCCCAAAAGAAAGCCCAGAAGAAGGCCGAAAAAAAGGCCAAUAAAGCAGCCAAACGUGAGGAUAUCAUCGCUAUCCACAAACCUCAGGCUCCGUCAGCUUCGGCUACUGAGAAGCCUGCUGAGAAGCCCUGGUCACUGCGAGAGCAGUACCCUGAGACCUUUGCAAAGAUUGAUUACUACCGAUCCCUUCCUGAUCCUGACAAACCUCAAUCUUCGUUACGAAUGGCUUCUGAACAGUCUGUCCACGAGACAUGCUCACUUUCCAACAGUUCCACAGCUGGACCCAAAGCUCUACCGCUGGCUAAGCUGAACUCGACUUCGCAUGCCCAGACGAUCUGUGGCAAUUCUCACAUUUUCGAAGGCCAGAACAAAUUUCGCAAGGAUCUUGCCCACGACAGUACUGAUUAUGAUGACAGCGGCGCUUCUAAGACUGAUGUCGAGUCUUCUGAGACAAACAUCCAGUCGCCUGUCCAGGAGACUAGUCAGCCCUCCGUUCAACCCCUCGCCUCAUGGCCAUCUAUGCAAUCCGCUCAACGAGAAUUCGAAGGUGGAGAAUCUUUCAGUUUUAUCCAGCGGGAGCCCAAAGAGGAGCUCUCUGAUGAAGAGUCCGUGAAGAAGUCAAAAACAGCGGCUGUCGCCAAAAAGAAGGAGGAAUUUAAUCGCAGAGCUCACGAGGCAGUCAACGCUGCGCAUGCGGAGGGCCGUCUUGUUCAUCUCGAGAAUACCAAGCCUAUACGCGACCAGGUGAUAACUGAAGUGAGGAAGUCGGAUAUCGUUCCUGGGUUCGAUGAGAAGAAAAAGCUCACCCCUACUUUCGAUGAGGAGGCCUACGCCGCGCGUUCCAUUGCUUGCCACACCCUUAAGCCCGCCCCGUUGCGGAUUCCGUCUCGUACGAAGGAGCCCACUGCUGAUUCCAAGGACGAUGCGAAGGCUCCGCCGCCGCCCAUCGGUCAUCAGUCCUCGGGCGCACUUCAACUAAACACCACCAAGUAUCGUAUAACCAGCAGCGAAAUUGUGGCUCUUGAAGGUGACUACCAUGGAAAAGUUGGCGACAACGGUCGAAAGGGAAGCAUCACUCAGCCCAACAGGCGCAAGAAUAGUGCCGUCAACUUCAGCUGGCCCAACGCUCAGCAAGCCCAGAAGAUGCAGGACCACAUUGUUUCCGAGGAUCCCUCUACCAGCCUUGCUGGAAAGAAGGAAAACACGCUGCCCGCCUACGCCAGCGAGAUAAAGAAGCCUGGCACUAGUGGCUCUUCCAAGAAGACGUUCUCCAGCAGCUACAACGGUCCAUCUAGGGCCGAGCUCAAUGAUUUCUUCGGAACCAAGACUCAAGCUGGCCAAAUCGAUUACUGGCUUGCGAACGAGCUCCAGGCUCGUCAAAAUCGUCAAUCCGCCGAGAAGAGUACCGAGUCCGUUCAGUCCACAGCUCGCCAGAGCUUCAAAGCCGAUGAGUACCAGUCUUUGAUUCAGGAUGACUUCAAUCAUUUAGUUAAGGAAUCACCUGAGAAGAAGAAGCAAACUGCGAAAACCAAAAUAUAUUCCAUUUCCAACGACGAGAAAGCCCCCAAAGUUGUCCCGCAGACUGUCAUCUUCAACGGGCAGUAUCCUCAGCCUCAACGGCUCGCUGGAACUGCCCCCCGCAGUGGUACGGCUUUACCGCCCACCCCGGCCUGUACUUAUCGCCCCCAGACGACCGGUGAGAAAAUGGAUGCACUUGACGACUUCUUCUCAGAGGAAAGUGACGACAUAUACCCCGUGUCUGGCUCUGCCGCAACCCCUACUACUGGCCUCCCUAAGCAGCAGCCUUGGGACGAACCCGGUUAUCAUGAAGAGGCUCUAGCUUACGGCUACGCCUACCAGCAAAACAACCACGAUCCUCUCCCGGACAGCAUGAACCCUGUUCCUCUUACACGUAGCCAACGUCGCCACGUUCUUGCCAGUUACGGCAUGACCGAAGCCGACUACCCUGCUCCCCCCGCAGGCUAUCCCACCCCUUCUGGUCCGGCCGACGGAGAGGCUGCUCCUCCUUGUCCCACGCGCCCCCCUCCCACCGUUCCUACACCUAGCACAGAAGGUGGAAACGGCCAGAGAGGCCAAGUCGCGAGUCUGCGCCGCGCCCCUCGCCGUCUCCAGCGCGCGGCCACGGCCCCUUCUGCUCCUGAAAGCCCUGCGCCGGGUUAUGAUGCUGACUGGUUCUAA